AGGAGUUGUGACUUGUGUAAAGAUAAGUCCACCUACUGUAUGUGUAUAAACUGUUUCAACAGGUUUAUAAUAUCAGAAAUUUUGGGAGGCUACCCUGAAGACAACUUCUGUCAGAGGAAUGGCAUCAUCGUUACAAAUGUGUGCAUUGCUGCUGGCUUUAACAGGAUUCACCAUUUUACUUGUCACUACCAUGUCCAACAGAUGGAAAAUUUCUGACACUACAGCAGUGCUAGUUCCUGCAGAAAGAAUUUCUGAAGGUCUUUGGAUGGACUGCACAGUUACUGAUUUUGGAUCAACACAGUGCAAGAAGUUUCUCUACAUGUUGAGUUCAGAUAUCCACAUUCAGGCAUGCCGUGCCUUGAUGAUUGUUUCCAUCCUUUUGGGAUUUAUAGCUGCAGUGCUCUCACUUCUUGGUUUAAAAUGCACAAACAUUGGGCUAAGUGAUGAAGAUGGAAAAAUGAAGUUUGCUGUCACAGGAGGAUUUCUCUUUAUUUUAGGAGGUCUCUCUUCGAUGGUGGCUGUUUCUUGGUAUGCUGCGAUGAUUACUGCUCAGUUUUUUGACCCACUGUACGCUGGAACCAAAUAUGAACUAGGAGAUGCUCUGUACUUAGGCUGGGCUGGAUCUAUUCUUUAUAUACUUGGUGGUAUCUUCCUAACCUGCUCAUGCAAAGGGAAGAAAAAACUGGAAUACAGUGCCAACAAAUACAGAUAUUCAGCAGGCCAGCCAGCCCUUCAGCAGCAAAUUUACACCAAAAACUCUGAGACAGUCACAAGUGCCAAGGAGUAUGUCUAAACUGAUAUUUUUACAUCACUUGUAAUGUU